AAAUCAGCUGUUUGGAUGAGGUUUGGAUUGGAGGCAUGCGGUGCAAAACGUAAAGAAAAAUUCACAAUAAUAAUAAGGCUUUUAAAAGAAGGGAGAAUUGAAGAAUGUCUCGAGAUAAAAGCGUAUGGUUUGCCGAGGAGAUCCUGCUAGACGCCAAGCUGAUAAACUUUCAACUGGAGUCGGGAGAAUGGGACGCUGUGGAAGAAAUGCUACGCGCCGAGGCACAACUAUCGAGAGACGCAGAAACUGGUAGAUUGCGACCAAAGAAGGCGUCAGAAUACACGCUCCGCCUCAUCGCCGAAGUCCUCCACAUCAUGAGGCUGGACGUGGAACAGGCGUCCUACAACCGCAGCACUCUGGCUGUAGCCGAGCAGUGCCUGCGCCUGGUCCGCUCCUGCGCCGCCGCCGGCACCAAGAUGCAGACCUACAUCUCUAAGGAGCUCUCCAUACUUGAGUCCAUGUUUAUAUUAGCCACCGAAUACCAGCAACCCAGCGUUGAGUUUGUUAAUGAAGAACUGCAAAAGAAGUAUGAAUCUUGCAUGACGGUGUUGAUACAAACGCUUGGAAAUUUAGUCGUGAACAACCCUUUUAAUCAGAUCAUGAUAUGGAAUAAGUUUGAUACGAUUAUAUUGAAUGGAUUGAUCGGACAGAAUGAUAAAAUAGCAUCCGGGGCCGCUAUGAUCGUGUAUAACAUACUGCUGGGACAACCCAAUGUGCUGCCUGAUGAUGUUUCGCUACUGAAUUCGCUGGCCUACAUGUACAACAAUGGCAACUCUGAGUAUCCACAUCUAAUCAUUGAAUACUUGAUAGGUGUUGAGAAUACGUACAUAGAAAAGCUGUACUCCAAACUCGACCCCGAAUGCCGAAUGCUGGUUCUGAACCUUGCGUAUAACAUUCUCAUGUCUACAGAGUCGCAAGAUAUAAAUGUGUCGGUGAACUUCGUCAAGUUUAUGGCGCAUGAGUUUAAGAAUAAGUCGGAUUGUAUAUUGAAGACGGUGGAUACGUAUGUCAACGGUAUUGAGCCGCAAGAAGUGGUGUUUCUAUUGGAGAUCGUGGCCACAGCUUCCAGCAUGGACGCCUACAUGGAUUGCCUUCAAAGCGACACUUCCCUGUUUAUUAACUGUGCUUUCCUCCUCCGCGCCAUCCACAAGCUCGGCAAGGAGAGCGCCAACUUCUUCUCGUCACUCAACAAGCUGUACGAGGCCGCCGGGAAGACGCUAGUCAACGAUGAACACAUCGCUAGCAACAACGCCACGCCACCUGAAAAUCCUCUCACCAAAAACGAUUCAGCCGACAAUAUGCUAUCCUGCAACGAAACAACAUCCGAAUGCACAGAGUCCGAAAGCAGUGAACAAUACUUCGAAUGCACUGAAAACCCACCUUUCCUUGACCGAAUAGAACCCCUAAACACUGUAGACAGCUUACAACCUAACCUCCAAUUCGUUGACUCUAUACCCGACAAAAACACUCCUUUAGAUCGCAACAGCGCUGAAAGAAAUCCCAACGUCAAAAUCGAUAACGACUUAACCAGAGUGGCGUUUAAGCGAAGCAGCUCAGUACCCAAAGCAGAAGACAGAGUGCCACUGCCAAUCAGAAGGAUAAGCUUAGAGCACAAAAUAGACAUAGGAGACGACAUUGAACCACCACUCAUCAUAGACUCGACAUCACCAACGGCCAGUAUGAACACGAUAGCCGAAGUAAUACCGGUCGCUCUUCAACCUAAACUGGACUUACAGCCAUCUAGCGUCCCUGACUCGCAAGGGAGUACACCAAACGAUCCGCCAACAGAAAUUCAUUUGGCUAAAGAAGAGUUGAAAGAGUUAAAAGCGUCUCCCAGUGAGAUUUCGCCGCCGCUGUCAGAGCAAGUACAAGACGCUGACAAGCAGUCUCCAGGGACGCCUAAAGAGGUGAAGAGAAGCCAGAAUUUGUCAACAGAAUUCGAUUUGAGUGAGCAGUUGCAGAAGAUUCUGGGUAUAUCGGCGGAGAAGACUCGCGGGGAGAGUAGUUCUGAUAGGAAAAGUGAAGUAACGAAAGAGGUGAAAAUGGCAGAGGAUAGCGUGAUGAAAGUGCCGUCCGUGAAGAUCGACUCGCCGGAUAGCCAGAAAACUAGACUGGGAGCGGUGGACCCUACCACCGCCAAGCGGUUCGAGACGACGGUGGAAUCUGUGGAGCGACACGUGGCGUUCGGACUGAAGGCCGCUCUAGUAAGGGUACUCGCCAACCUGUGCUGGAAGAACCAGGCCAACAAGAGACAGAUGCGGGAACUUGACGUCAUUCCGGUGUUGCUCGACUCUUGCAAUAUCGACGCCAGAAAUCCAUUAAUAAUGCAAUGGGUGAUAUUUGCAAUAAGAAACCUCUGCGAAAACUGUCCAGAAAAUCAGGAAGUGAUAGCAAAGCUGACUCUUCAGGGGCCUGUGGACAACGAAGUGCUUAAAGACAUGGGGCUGACGCUCCACGUGGACGCAUUGGGCAACUCCAUCUCCGUGGCACCUCUGUCCAGGACAUGAACUCUGUGGACCAGCAAAAUACAACAAAAUACAGGGUGUUGCAAAAAAGGUAUACUAAGCCGAAAUGGGGUGACUCGAGGGGUCAUUGUAAAAAACGUUCUGCAAGUGUUGAAAAUUCACAAAUAAAAACCAUUUUACUUAGUAUAUAUUAUUAUAUACCCUUUUUGCAACAUUCUGUAUAAUGAUAUCGGUUCUGAAGACGUAAAUUCUAAUUUUAGAGCUGUCGAAACCUGGAAAUCUUUGUUUAAAAUUCGUCUCUAUGAGUGUUCCCGUAAAACUAUUUUUUUCCUUGUUAGAAUUUAUUUAGCCUUCAGAAUCGAGAUCAAUGUAUCAGUGACUUAGGCCUAGUUUCACCAUAGUCUGUUACAUCAAUGGGAACAAUUUGGUCCAAAACCUUACAUAUUUCAACUGACCCAUUUCAACUCCUGCAAUAUUUCCCUAAGUUACUAAUCAGUCAGUAUAGUUUAUGUUAUGUACCUACUGAUACUAAAAAAACAUUAAUAAUGUUGAAUAAAUACGAUUAUGCUACAGUAACAGUAAAAAUAUAGAGUCCUGAAAACGCAAGUGGAUUCUAACUAAAUGUUACGGACCGCAUUUAA